GAGGAAAUUGUAGGAAAGCUCGGGGGCGUUCCGUGCCUCGGAUACAUUCCGUGGCGGGUGGACAUUAUCAGCGAGUCUACACAAAUUGCGCCGUGUCAACCAUUUUUUCUUACCGUCAACCCAUUCUUCCGCAUUCACAACCCAUACUGCGCCUUCCUGUGAAAAUUGAGAAGUAGGAUAGCAUCAGAAAACAUGGCAGAAGGAAAAGCAGACGCCGAGGCUGCGAUACAGCGCAACCCACAUCCCGAUUUCAAAGGUGUGGAAGCAUCGCGCCCGGAUUUCGAGGCAGACAGAGCAGUGCACUUCGUCAAGACGCCGAAGCCCGACUGGAAGCCAGGACAAGGCGCGAACAACGCCGAAGGACUCUCAAAGAAACAUCGAGAAAUCGAUCCUUACGCUGAAGGCCGCCCCGCGAUUCACAACUAUAAGCUUCUGAUUUCCGGCGUGGUGCCCCGCCCCGUAGGCUUCGUCUCUACGAUUUCGGGGGACGGCAAGUCGACAAACCUUGCGCCAUUCAGCUACUUCAACAUGAUCAGCCAUGACCCGCCGCUGUUUGUUCUCGGCUUUGCCGGUGGGGUUCUCAACGCGAAGGACACGCUGGCGAAUUUGCUAAAAACCGGGGAGUGCACUUUGAACAUUAUCUCGCAGGACUUCAUCGAAGCGGCGAACUACACGAGCUUGAACGCACCGGAGGACGUGUCGGAGUGGACAUUUAGCGGGCUGCAUCCCGCCAAGAGCUCGAUUGUCAAGCCAGACCGCGUGCAAGAGGCGGUUUUCAACAUUGAGGCGAAGCUCAUCAAGUCGAUGGAGUGGGAGAGCAAGGCUACGCCUGGGAAGAAGACGGGUGUUACGGUUAUUGUGGAGGGUGUGAACUUCUGGGUAAGAGAGGACGCCGUGGACGAAGCGGGCGUGCUAAUUGAUCCUGCGGUUCUGAGGCCCAUCUGCCGUCUGGGAGGAAUCACGUAUGGACGGGUCACUGACCUGUUCGAGCUACCGCGGCCACAGUACAACGAUAUUGUCAAGGACCCCGAGACUGAGAAGCUAGCGAAACCCAAGGCAGACGGACAGCUCGAGUAGUGUGUUUGCCUGCACUGCAUUGUCGAAUAACAGAUCUGACUUGUCAAGCACUCGCGAAAGAUUAUAGACGCAACAUAUAGAAUUGCAUUGAUAAUCAAGCAAUGAUUCAGGAAGUGCCCAUUCUAAGACCUUGAGGCAUGACCUAUUUGCUACAGGGCAGAAAGAUUCGAUAAGAGACAAAUGGCCCACCCUUGCGUCUGG